AGCGCGGAGCCUCGGGAAGUCAACAGGAGGGUACGGAUAGUACCGCUUUAAGUAGCCUAUAAACAACGAGGGACUUACUCCCUCAUCCGUGGUCUGCACCAGCCAGCUCUAACUCAAUCUAAUGAGUCGUGACUUUGUAGGUAACCCAUGAGGCGGAGUUUUGCCCAGCGGUGGAUUUGUGUUACCUGGCCAGCCUCAGACGCAGAGCUGAUGGAGAGAGGCAGGGCUGAGUGCGGUGUCAGUCCGGAGCGCUGUUGAGCAGAGAGCCUCAUUCAGCAGACUCUGCUGACAGGGAGCGGUCUGCUUUCUCGCACGACCUGCGUGAAUCCUAGGUUUAGCUUAUAGAAGUGGUAUUCGAGGGCUUUCUCCAAAAGCAAUAACCCGUGGAAAAAGAAAACUAAGAUCCAUCAAGGAUUAUUUUUUUGGUCUCUUGGUGACGGAAUGGGGAUGUAACCGGUUUCCACAUGCUUUUGGAAGUGGCGCGAGGUUGCCUCCAGAUUGAGAAGAGCAAACUGCAGGGGCGUGUGGUUAAUUGAUAUUGAUCCGGUGGUCUCUUUUUUGAAUGUGAAGCAGCAGCAGAGGUCCUUUCUCCUCUCCUCUCCCCCCUCCUCUCUCUUCCCAUCAUGACUUCACUGUCGGGGACCAAGGAGAGGUCUGUGAGCAGCCGGAGCAGAAAAUAUGGGAUGCCUGACACUUCCCCAACCAAAUCUGCCUCCUUCUUCCCGGACACAUGGUACCGAAAGGCCUGCGAGGAAACCACCCGCUCUAGCACCCGCCCCGCCCCGGAGGGAGCGGGCUCCAUGCCAAGCUCCACAGGCACCCCAUCCCCAGGCUCAGGAAUCUCCUCACCAGGAUCCUUCUCUGGCUCACCGGGGACCAUCUCUCCGGGGAUUGGGACCGAAUCGCCUGGUUCUCUGGGUGGCUCCCCUGGUUUUGGGACAGGAUCACCAGCCUCUGGUAGUGGAAGUUCCCCUGGUAGUGAAAGAGGGAUAUGGUGUGAGAACUGCAACGCUAGGCUAACAGAGCUGAAAAGACAAGCACUGAAACUGCUCAUCCCUGGACCUUACUCCAGCAAGGAUCCCUCCUUCUCUCUCCUCCUUCAUGAUAAGCUUCAGGUACCCAACAGUUCUCGGCGGGCAUGGAACGAACGUGACAGUCGCUGUGAUGUCUGCGCCACUCACCUCACUCAGCUCAAACAGGAAGCCGUGCGCAUCGUCCUUACUCUCGACCAGUGGGAUUUGUCUCCCACCUCUUCCCCUACAUCCCUGAUUGGACGAUAUGGAUCUCAAGGACCUCCAGGUCCAAUGGGAGCACCCGGAGCACCAGGAGGUCCUGGAUCACGGGAUUGGCCUCCUCCUUUUCUUCCUUCCUCCUUCUCUUCAGCUGCUGCCGUUUCACAUCCUCCUCACCCGUCCUCCCAGUCACCUUCUCCAAGCCCCAGCCAGACUCCUACGCCCAGCCCAAGCCACGGACCAUCCAGCCAUGGGAGUCCCUCGGUGGGGCAAACAUCCAGCUGUGCUCCCACAAACCCACAACCUCAAGGCCCAGGGCACAGACUCGGGUCCAAACCCAGCUCCCUGGGGCUUGGAGGUGGGAUGGACAGAAGGAAUGGUUCCCCCAGUUCAGGAAAAGCUGGUGCUCAACCAGUGACUGGGGUAAACAGCCCUGGCAGUAUUAGUGGUAACAACAGUAAUAACGGGAGUGGGGCAGUACUGAAUGCAGCAGCUCUGCAGGCCCAUCAGCACCUGAACCGAACCAAUGGAGGAGUUACACUCUAUCCGUACCAGAUCUCUCAGAUGGUCACUGAGGCCUCCAGAGAAGGUUUGACUGAAGCUGCCCAGAACCGCUACAACACACACUCUCCUUCACACACAAAUUCAACAUCACACACAAACUCUCCCUCUCAUACUCCAGCACCGGCCACCACCACCUCUGCUGCUGCCUCGUUUUUUGCCAGAGCUGCACAAAAGUUGAACUUAGCAUCCAAGAAGAAGAAGCAGAAAACCACCGCGGUCACAGCCCCAGUGCCAUCAGCAUCACCAUCAUGUGACCCUCCUCUUUUCCCCACCAAUUUUAGCUCUGCCCUGUUGAUGGCACCUCCCCCGGCUCCACCCUGCCUUCUCCGUGCAGCCAACAAAAUCAAAGAUACACCUGGGCUUGGAAAGGUUAAAGUGAUGGUGCGUGUGUGCCCAGUGUCUCAGUCGGAUGCAGCUGAGUCUAGUUCAUUCCUUAAAGUGGAUCCCAGGAAGAAACAAAUCACCAUCAUGGACCCCUCAGCCAAUCAGACAGCAAGCGCAGCCACCCUGAAAAGGGUGGGAGCCAAUCAGGUCCCUCCAAAGAUGUUCACUUUUGAUGCUGCGUUCCCCCCUGAUGCAUCACAGGCGGAGGUGUGCGCAGGAACGGUUGCAGAGGUGAUUCAGUCGGUGGUGAAUGGAGCAGAUGGAUGUGUCUUCUGCUUUGGACACUCCAAGCUGGGUAAAUCUUACACAAUGAUUGGACGUGAUGACUCUCUUCAGACUCUGGGUAUUAUCCCCUGUGCCAUCUCCUGGUUGUUUAAACUCAUCAAUGAGAGGAAGGAGAAAACAGGAGCACGCUUCUCUGUUCGUGUCUCCGCAGUCGAGGUUUGGGGAAAAGAGGAGAACCUUAAGGACUUGCUGUCUGAAGUAGCCACAGGCAGCUUACAGGAUGGACAGUCACCUGGAGUCUACCUGUUUGAGGACCCCAUCUGUGGCAUGCAGCUCCAGAACCAGUCUGAACUGCGUGCUCCGACCCCAGAGAAGGCAGCCUGGUUUCUGGAUGCAGCCAUAGCCGCUCGCCACAGUAGCCAACGCACCAACACCACCGAAGAAGAACAUAGGAACUCACACAUGCUGUUUACAUUACACAUAUACCAGUAUCGCAUGGAAAAGACAGGCAAAGGAGGGAUGUCAGGAGGUCGUAGUCGCCUCCACCUGCUGGACCUGGGCAGCUGUGAUGUCAAAGUACUUGGAGGAGAAGGAGGUGGGAAAAGCAGGGAGAACUCUUCACCCAGCGCGGCCACUCUGUGCCUUUCUCUGUCUGCCCUUGGCAAUGUGAUCCUGGCCCUGGUCAACGGGAGCAAGCACAUCCCAUACAAGGACAGCAAGCUGACUAUGUUGCUAAGGGAGUCGCUAGGCAACAUGAACUGCCGGACCACCAUGAUUGCUCACAUCUCUGCCUCACCCGGAGAUUUCUCAGAAACGCUUUCCACCAUCCAGAUAGCUUCCCGCGUCCUCCGCAUGAAAAAGAAGAAAACUAAAGUCACUGUGCAAUACACCUCCAGCUCCUCUGGAGGAGAGAGCUCCUGCGAGGAGGGUCGCAUGCGUCGUCCGACCCAUCUGCGACCUUUCCAUCAGCGUGGUGACACUGACUCUGACCUUCCAUUGCUGCGACUGUCCAGUGACCCUGAUGAAUACUCGAGCAGUGAGCAGUCAUGUGACACAGUGAUCUAUGUGGGCCCGAAUGGGGCUGCGGUGUCAGAUAGAGAGCUGACGGACAAUGAGGGACCACCAGAAUUUGUACCAAUUAUUCCCGCUUUGCUUCGAGGUAAAACAUCAGAGCAACAGCAAACACAAAGUCAAAGUCAGGCAGCUGGAGCUCAGAACAAGGUGCAGUCUCAACCGCAGGACCAGCCCUGUGGCCCCUCUCAGCCGCUGCCUCAGCCUGCUCAGUCACUUCUUGGGCAGCCGUUGGCCCCGGUCCCAGAGGAAGGAGCUGAGUGCCUGAAGUGCAACACCUUUGCAGAACUGCAGGAGAGACUGGACUGCAUAGAUGGCAGCGAGGAGGUGACAAAGUUCCCCUUUGAAGAGGUUGCAGUGAGCAGACAAGGAGCCAAACAAGAAUUAUGUCCAUCUUCAGGCGCCCCAACCUCAGCUCCUUCUCCUCCUGGUUCUGCUGCUGUGUUGGAUACAGACACCAAAACAGGCUCUGCGUGUGCUGUAGGAGGUGCAGUGCAGUCCUCCUUCUCCUCAGCAGCAGCAGCAGCAGCAGCAGCGUCCAGGAGGAGGACCAAUGACCAGCAGCUACAGGAGAUCAAGGAGGUGGUGGAAGAGGCGGAGCUGGCCCAGACAAUGAUCCACAGUCUGGCUCAGAGUUCUGGUUCCCCCAUAGUUACUAGUACCAGAAGUGUUACAGGAAGUAGCAGCAUCACCUCUAACCCCCUGCAUAGGGCCAAGAGCUCCCACAUGCAUGACAGCCACGAGAGUCUGAACGUGGGCAGUAACGCUGAGGGGAAGGCACGCCCACUUGGAUCACCACGCCUCGGCAUUGCCAGCCUGACAAAAACCUCAGACUACAGGCCACCAUCCUCCCCAUCCCAGCGGUGUAAAGUGUACACUCAGAAGGGCGUGAUGCCGGCAACGCCCCCUUUGUCCUCUCACACUCUGGCUCAAGAUGGCCAGGCCAUAGAUGCUUUGACCUCAGACAACAGUUUGGCUGCAGACAGUGGCCGAUCCUCCACAGAGUCUGUGCUGUCCAGGACUUCUCCGGUGGGCAUGAGCCCACAAGUCAGAGAGCCAACUCCGUCUCUGUCUGCCAGCCUGGGCUCAGCUGAGACACUCUGUGACGAUGACGUCCCGCCGAUACCCAUGGACACUCACAGGGAUGGACCGGCAGUAUCUGGAGGAACAUUUGGACCUCUCUCUCUUGGGGAGGAUGAAAUCGUGUACACUAUAACUUCUGGAGGUGAUGAGGACCUUCAUGUAGCUCUCAUGGAGACUCAGGCCCUAACCUGUCGUCCAACGAGCAUCAUCAGCUUCACCGGCAACUGUUGCUCUGUCACUGCCCUCACCUCGGCCUCUCGAGCUGUCAGCACCUUCAGCGGUACUGCUGAGGAUGGAGCUGUGGAGGAUUAUUUCAUGCCUGCAGGUCCUGCAACGACCUCAGGGGUUGUUGCCAUGGCAGAGGUUGCCAUGGCCAAGCUGCGGCUAGAAGGUGAAGCCUUAGCCACAGUGAUGUCUAACUGUGGGUCACCCAUCUCCUCCUGGAUGAGCGAUCUGAGUGUGGGCAGUGAAGCUGACCAGUCUCUCCACAGCUUCAGUCAGUCCCAGAGCCAGCACGGAGAGGCCCUGGCUGAACCUGAACCCAACCAGAGCCUUUCUUUUGGAGUGGAGGGGAUGGGUGGUUAUGAAAGCUGUGGCAGCCUGAGAAGAGGGAGUCUGGAAGGAGAGGUGGUGCUGUCAGAAAACGGGAGUGAUAAGGGAACUCCAACCAAAGACAGGCUGAGGAAACUGCCUCCGUCCAUGGCUAAAACAAACAUCCAGAUUCUGGCAGGAGCUGGUAACUUCUCUCCCUUCAAGACCACCAUCAGUGUGCACCCAUGUGUGGCUGUCAAACCCAUGGUUUUACAGGAACCAAGCAUGCUCUAUUCACCUACGAAGACUAGCUUAAUGAAAGACCCAGGCAAAUUGAAUGCACAACAUUUAGCUUCGAUUUCCAGUGAGAUGAGCUUUGAAGACCCCUGGUUGAAGCGUGGCAUGGAGGAGGGGAGGUCCAGGGAGCUUGUGUGUGAAGUGAAGCCGGGGAAGAGAGAGGCAGAGCAUUCAAAGAACCAGACUGUAGCUGGGACCGGAGACUAUCGGAGCUUCUGCAGGGAUGGUGGGGAUAACGGCAGCUCUAGUUCAGGUGGUGAGGUUGUGUCGUCUCCAGAUUCCGUUAAGAGAGUGGUGGAUGGCUGUGAGAUGGUUUCUGUUGUUGCCCAGGGAGAAUGCCUGGCGAGUAGCUACAGCCCAGAUAUCCACCGUACUGCCAGUCUUCCCCGCGGCUGGCACCGUCUCAACCGCCACGACGGCUUAGACAGUGGAAUCGAGUACCGUAAUCUUGGAGUCACCGCUUCAACUCCCUGCAGUCCCCGUGCCACACUUGACCGCCGGGGAUCAACUGGAAAACAGGGCUUUUUCUCCCACAAGAAGGGAGGAAUCCCACCUCUGCCACCGGUACGGAAGUCCAGCCUCGACCAGCGGAACAGAGCAGCCAGCCCUCUUCACCAACCCAGCCACGGAGUUUCGUUACUGGGCAGCUCAGCAGAUGAUGCAGGUGUUAUCAGACAACGAGGCUCCAGCAUAGACAGCAGUAAACUUUUCAGUGCCAAGUUGGAACAGCUUGCAAAUAGAACCAACUCUCUGGGUCGGGUCCACAGCUCCCACAGUGGGUCCCACCACUACGACUGUUUCUCUCUGGAGAGGGGGGAGAGCCUCAGAGGAGGAGGAGGAGGAUGUGUAAGAGGGGACAGCACCAUGCCUCGUGCUGGGCGCAGCCUCACCCGUGCUGGAUCAGUAUCUUCUCCUACUGGAAACAGUAGCAGCCCCAGUUUCAGUGCCAGCCCCGGUCCAAGCAGCGCUCCUCAGUCACCAGCCAAAACCAGCAGCCAGUCAAAGAUCUCAGCAGUCAGUAAGUUGCUGAUGACCAGCAGUCCCAAGGCCAGGAGUCUGUCUGCCUCCAGCACCAAGACUCUGAGCUUCUCCACCAAGUCUUUAAGCCAAGCUGCCAGCCGCAGCUCUAGCCUUCCUCCUAAUGGAAAGCCCCAGAGCUCAGUCCAGGUCCCUCAGCAGCAGCAGGGACCUUCCCCUGGAUCCUGGUCUACCCAGUCUUUGAGUCGCAGUCGAGGGGGAAGUCUGGCUGCCAAGCUUCCUCUCCGGGCAGUCAACGGUCGAAUCUCAGAGCUCCUCCAGGGCAGUGCAGGCUCCCGUUCCAGGAAUCAUGCCCAGGGAGGAGGUACCGAUCCAUCUCCAUCAGGAGAGGAAAGAGUAGUUGGAGUGGCAAGUGGAGGGGGAGCUGGAGCAGGAGGGGGUGGUGGUGGUGGAAGUAGCCUGGGAGAGGAGAAGGCAGCAGUGGUCCAAACGCUGCCCUCUCCCUACAGCAAGAUUACAGCUCCCAGAAAACCACACCGCUGCAGCAGCGGUCAUGCUAGUGACAACAGCAGUGUACUGAGUGGUGAGCUCCCCCCGGCCAUGGGAAAGACAGCCUUGUUUUACCACAGCGGAGGCAGUAGUGGCUAUGAGAGCAUGCUGAGAGACAGCAGCGAGAACACAGGAAGUACCUCCUCUGCUCAGGACUCCCUCAGUGAGCACAGCUCAGCCACCACCUCCUCCAGACGGAGCUCCAAGAGCAGCAAGAAGAGCAGGAGCAACACAGGCCUGCAGCGUCGCCGUCUGAUCCCAGCACUGACCUUGGACUCUUCCUCCUCCUCACCAUCUCACCGCUCUUCUAAACAGGCCAUCACUUCCUCUUCUUCCUCCUCCUCUAGCCCAGGUGCGUGCUGGGUAGAUGGCCCACUGGGGCCCCCAGUUCCCUCUAACCUCCGGGCCACGACGGCAACGACAGAAACCUUUGAGAUCAAGGUGUACGAGAUAGACGAUGUUGAGCGACUGCAGAAGAGGAGAGACAAAGGAGGGAGCAAGGAGGUGGUGUAUGUCAGUGCCAAGCUCCGUCUGUUGGAGCACCGUCAGCAGAGAAUCAGUGAAGUCAGAGCAAAGUACCAGUGUCUGAAGAAGGAGCUGGAACAGACCAAACAGUACUUGAUGUUGGAGCCACACAAAUGGACCACAGAGUUUGAGCUACAGCAGGCCUACGAAGUGGACUCUCUGGAGUAUUUGGAAGCUCUGGAGACAGUGACGGACAAACUGGAGAGCAGAGUCAACUUCUGCAAAGCCCACCUCAUGAUGAUCACCUGCUUUGACGUGUCCUCAAGACAUCGGUAGACAGAUGGAGGGAUGGAGCCCUGGAGGACGGAGAGACAGACACACAGCUAGACUCAAUUAGAUGUCGACAUUUGGACCUUUGACCCCUGAUUAAUCAAACACCUUUCGAAAAUAUCUCCUAAACAAACAAAUACUGGGUGACUGGAUAGUUGGGAAGGAGGGAUACAGGGAUGGACUGACCGCUAGAUCCUGCAUGUCAUCCUUAUGUCUCCUCCAGAUGUAAGUAAGCAGAAGGACAGAUGGAUGGAGUGAUGGUGGGAUAAAAGGAAUGGAGAUAUAUAGAGACAGAAGAGUCCGUAGAUUUCUUUCUUGUGGUUUGGAAACAACCUCAGAAACAGACAUUGAACAGCAUCUAACGGACAUGCAACUUUGAAUCAGAUAAAUGUGGCUGCCCAAAGGGGCAGACAGAUGGUUCUGAGUCUGAAAAGAAACAUCAAACAUAACCAAGUGAACAAUUGGACUGCUGAGAGGCCUCUAAGACUGAGUCAAACAUUUAGGAAUGUAUGGGGAGGAAAGGAGUUUAGAGAGGAACAAAAACUGUAAUUUUUUAAACAAAGAAGAUAAAAAAGAGUUGCAGGAGAGAAGAAAAACAAUUUCUCCUAUCAUUUUAGAAGAGCACUUUUUAGAGUUUACGCUGUCGAGAGCCAUCGGCUGUAAAUACAGAGUGCUGACUACAGAAUUGUCUGGUAUUGUUGUGUGGUUAAUAAAAGAGACUGACCAAGAGAAAGACAGGAAGACAAAGAAAAAUGAUUCAGAUAAGUGCCUUGUGAACAUUUCAACAAUACCCAGACCAAUUCUCUAUCUCUCUGAAUUUGUGUACUUGCAGUCAGUAUGGUGCUAGCAUAGAAGAAAAAACAACACAAAAGGUCAGUGUCCUUGGAAAAUCUUUGAACUUAUAGCCAUUACUAAAUGUGAUGUUUUACUGUGGGUCAGUGUUUCACAAUAUCAUAAACAGACUGUAUGUUUAAAUAGUCUUUUGUACACUGGUGCAAACUGGAUCCCCAAUUAAAAAAGUUAAAGAAGACCUACGGAACAUGGAGAUUAAUACCAAGUCCUCUUUAAAACAACAAAACUUUUGCAAGGACAAAAAAUCUAAUUUGAAAAACUUACAUGAUUUUUCCAGGACACAGAGUUGUUUGUGUUUCAAAAAAAGAAAAAACACACACACUAACUCUAGUUUCUUGCGGUGGUGGAUAUUUUUACCUUGACUUCACUCACAAACAGAGCAUAUCUGAAUUUUGACCCUCUGGGGCAUACGUUUCCCCUGAUCCAGAUGUGAUGGCUUUUUCAUGUUCACAAAGCAAUGAAAGAUCUGAGUCACGUAGGAGUGGAAAUGAAAAUGUUUCUUCUCUGAUCCAGUGUGUGAAGUACAUCCAUCGAUUGACUUCACUGUCAGACUGAUUGACAGGCACGCUGUCUGUUGUUUGUAUCCGUGUUGUUCUGCUCUAUUCUAAAAGAAACUGAAUGAUCCGUCAAUGUGUGUGUUUUAUAAUAAGGUAUCCUUUUUUAUUUGAGUGCAAUGGGACCAUGUAGAGACGCUGUAUGAAAGUAGGAUAAUGACAAUAGGUUAAAGAGAUAUUUAAGAGUAAAUUGGGAGGAAGGUACAGGUACAGGAUAAGCCCAUUGAUAUUCAGUGUUAAAAUGUCCUCCUUCCUGUAUUAUUGAAACAAAGUCUAAACAAAUUUAGACUAUGGUUAUAAGUGGGCUAUUUAAAUAGAUCCAGUAUUGUCUUUUAUUGAAAGGGCACAGACAUAAUAAAAGAAGCAACUAAAAUCUAUAUUUAAAGUAAUGUAAGAGAACUAAAGAAAGAAAAGGAUGAUAACCAAAUUAAGAAGAUCUCUGCCUGGUUCCAUUUUUUUGGACGGAUAGCAACACUUAUGAUUUGUUGAUAUUAGUAUCUAUGGUGCUUGAGAUGUUUAUGAUCUAAAUGUUUGUACAAAUAUAAAUAUAUGAAAGAGCCUGUUUCCCUCUGAAAUACGGAACAAUACCAUUCGAAUGCUUCUUCUACAUCGUCUGCUGUCCUCGACAUCGUCAACCUCUCCUCUGAAUGCCUUUUGUCCAGCAUGCAGAGAGCAUUUUGGGAGAUCCUGUUUGUUGUCUCAGAGGUAAAGGAUGAAUAAGACACCAGCUCACAGGAGUGGAAAGGCUGUAAUGAUAUUGGUUUGAUUUGUCAAAAGCGUCGUAGUGCUAAAUUGAUCCUAAUAGAGCAAACGCAGCUUUUUAUCAUUUCCACUGGACUAGCAGAGAAACAGGAAAUUACUUUAUGUGUUUAUGGUCUUGAUCUUCUCAUGGCUGCGUAAAGCGGUAACAGUCAUUAAUUUCAUGUGGCGUACACCUGCGAUGACAGCCACAACAUAACCUAGUGGGAAAUUACCCCAGAAACUAAGAUGCUUUUGACAGACUAGACCCAUGAAGGGUUUUCACAGGAGGCAGGCAAAGCAGCCCUGUGACAUCUCUGAUCGUUUCAGUUCACCGUGCCAGUCAUGAAUGAAGGUUUAUUUAUUUGAGCUCAGGAGAGCAGAGUCGCUUAUUAUUAUGCUCUUAUUUAUUUACACCUUAUGAUCUUAAAAGUUACUAUGCAUUUAAGAAAAAGAAAAAAAAUAACUGUACAUACUUUGCUGAGCCCAUGUCAUAUAUAAAUAUUUAUACACAUAUCAUAUGUACGCUCAUUUUUAUUUUAUAUAUUUCCUGUUAAUUUUACUUUGCUCCUGUUGUUCCUGUUGGAGAUUUUAAUGGGUUUGGAUUUCCUUAAACAUUCACAUCCAAGGUAGUUUGAGCUAACAGGAAUUUCGGUCGAUUAAUUACAGAACCAGACCAGAACUUAAAAAUUAUUUUUUCACAUGUGAAGAAGAAAACCGUGUUGUUGACACAAAACAGUAUAUUCUGCAGUAUUAACUACAGCCUUGUGUACUUAAAAGUGAAUGUUUCGGGAACCCCAACCUCUGGAUGAGCUAAACAGCCUGUGUUUGUUUCCAGAUUUAAAAUGCUAUGUGUGACGUUUCUUCCUUGAUGUGUCACUGCCAAAUCUGCCGUGGUAGCGCUUUAUAAUUCUAGCAAUAAUUGUGAAGAACACCUGAGGUUUUGGGGGACCCAUAUCGUUAAAAGAUAAUGUAACACUCAAAUUGUUUGUUUGUACUUCAUGAGAGGCAACCAUGCUAAAAGGGAUGUACUCACUGUCCGGUGCUUUAAAUAAAAUGAUUCACCAAAUGCCAUCUGUUUUAUCAGGUUGGAGUAUUUAGGAAUUAUAGUGUGUUAUCUGGAAAUCUGACACAUAGCAGUUUUAAGUACUGUGUUUUAAAGUCUGGGUCAGAACACAUUUUCCAGAAACAGAUUUUAUCAGUAGCAGAAAGACACAGAGAUCUGAUCAGUAGUAAGGCAGUGGGUCACUGGUUGGAAAAUCUCUACAUAACUGAUAAAACCAGUUUGUUUGUGUCAGUUAAAAGUGCCAAUCUGCUGAGUAGAACAAUGAGUUAUUUCCUUUGAGUAUUAAGAAGAGUUACGAGACAUGAUCUGUGCAAACAAGAGAAUAAGAAGUGUGAGAUUUUCACUAUGUCGUUUCCAUGAUUCAAGACAACGACCAUAACGUCCUCUGCAGAUUUACUGUUUCUGAGAAAUGUGGUCUGACACAUUGUGUUGAUGGAAGAGCAAGCUGGAGGGAUGUAAAUAAAGAAAUGUAUUGAAAGAG